AGAGAGAGAGAGAGAGAGAGGGAGAGAAGGACGGGGUGUUGCUUUGUUGGGUCGGCUCUGAGCAGGAGAACGGGAAACCUUUUAUAUUUGGACGUGGUUUCCAUCGGGACCCGGGUUGUACCCGGGUGUUAAACACCGAAGGCGAGUCACGAUUUAAAAAAAAAAAAAGGGGCACGCGACACAUUCCCACAGCACCGAAGACAGAGACAGACUAUGGCCGCGGAACCCGAACACCUCGCGACACCUGCGGAGAUGGCUACUUCUUCCUCUCCUUCGGCGACGGCGGGGGACGGCCAACGCGAGCGAGGGCGAAUCGGGAAACGAGGCGCACCGCAGGCGUUCGCGAGGAAGCUAGCCGAGAUCCUGGCGACGGAGAGCACGGCGACGAUCAGCUGGAACGCGAAUGGAUCCGCCUUUCAAGUCCACGACGUGGAGCGCUUCAGCGAGGACAUCCUCACCAAGUACUACCGGCACUCCAAGUUCUCGUCGUUCCAGCGCCAGCUCAACCUCUACUCCUUCCGCAAAAUCGUGAAGGGCGCAGACGCCGGCGGCUACGCACACCCCAUGUUCCGGCGCGACAGGCCCGACGACCUCUACCACGUCCGCCGCUCCAUCUCGGGUUCCGCUCGGUAUGAACCGGCCGCCGCAGCUGCGAAGGCCACCGCAAAGCGCAACGCCGCGGCUUCCAAGGCGGCCGCCCUGAAGCAGCAGGCGACCGGGGGGCAGUGGUCCCCGCCCGCGCGCGUGCACAAGUCCGGAGCGGCGGCGAGGAGGGUCGGGAAGUUGCGCAACAAGUCGUCCCCGGCCGGGAGCAACGGCAGCAGCGGAGGGGACAAGCCCUCCUCCUACUCCGCCCGACUCGUUGCGGACCACCAUAUGGCGGGCGCUGCCACAGCAGCAGCAGCGGCGGCACCUGGAUCAGGGGUGGGCGUAGGGAUCCCGCCCUCCUCGGCGGACACGCGGGCUGCUUCCUCGGAUGCGGGGGAGAGAUCGCCGUGGACCUCCGGAGAGAGCAGCGACAGCGACGCUGCUGCCACUCUACCCCAGGUGGGGGUGUCAGCUGCUUCCGCGGAGAGAAAACAGCAGCUCCAGCAGCACAGGAAACAAGAAGCCCGCCGCGGCGGCACUGCUGCCGCCGCGACCGAUUCUUCAGGCGAUGAGGCAUCGUCCUCGGAGGACACCGACGAAGACUGCGUAGGAAGGAGUCAUGAACAGCAGCAGCACGCGUUGGAGCAAGGAGGUGGACUGGCGGAGAAACAGCAGCAGCAGGGGCGGAGAAGCUAUUCCCCCUCCCGCCCGGAGGCGGCUGGGGAGUGCGGCAGGGAUGCGGGGGGGGGCGCGCAGCAGCAACGGGGUGGAGGGGAGGCAACCGCCGGUCCUGGCUCGGCCUCUCCCACGCGCAAGUCGUCGCCCUUCUCCUUUUUCAAGAAGUUCAGCUUCAUGGAGAGGCAGUCGGGCAGCGGCCAUAACAGAAACAUGAGCACGUCGUCGAGCGUGGACAUGACGACGGCAGGCGCGCUCCCCUCCGAACGACCCGCGUCCUCCGCUGGCAACGACGGCCCAAUCUCGUCGCUCAUGGUGGACACUUCGGCUGAGGCUCGCGCCGCGGCCUCCGGUGUCAGCCUGCGCGGCGUUCGCCCCCCGCCCGUAUCGGUAACCGGCGGCGGGCAACGAAUACCGAUCGAUCCCAGCACCGCUGCCGGCAAUAAGGCGCUAACCUCGUCCCCGUUGACGCCGAAGUCGUCGUUGGAAGCGGCGGCGAUAGCGACGGCAGCGGCGGCGGCGGCGGCAUCGGCGAUGCCGCCGCCGCCCAAGCGAGAGCAGCGCGAGGAGCUGGGCCUCGUGGAGCAGCUGACAAACAUGGUGGAGGUGUUCGAUAUCUGCGACCUACUGAGGAAGGUCUCGACGUCAGGGUCUUCGCGGCUGGACAAGCACGGUGCCAUCGUGAAACCUUCCGGUGGUGGCGGCGGAGGCGGAGUGCCGCACCACCUCAGGAACAUGAGCGUAGACACGGACCAGGGGAUGCCGCAGCCUCCCCUCGAGGGGGAACAGUCGCCCACCGGGCUGGGUAGUCUCGCUUCCAUGGAACUUGUGCGGGAUUCCAGCAAAGACUGGGACACCCUCAUGGCCGGGUCGGCGGAUGUCAGCGACCUUGGAAAUACGAUGGUGCAAAGCGUGGCAGAGUUCUUUUCCUUCUAAUAGUAGAAUCAGGGGGCUCUAUUCAAAAAAAUAUAUGUUGUUGCUGUCUGUUUGUCAAAGGCGGACGUGCCCCUUUUUCUCUCUCGUCUCGGUUAUUCCGAGGCAUCGAGAGACAACGGGAAGGUUUUCUGUACUAAAAGCAGGGACGCUGAGUGUUGUCUCUCGGGGUCGGUACGUGCGGGAGACACGUGUACCCUCUCCGUUGACAAGAAUCACGCCUCCUUUGAUAUUUUCGUGAAAAGCCGUCGAUCGCCGAUCGGUCUGUUGCCCACUGCUGUACUUUUCUAACUUUUUGCUCUUUUAUUUUUUCGGCGUUGUGGAGCACCGGCAUGAAUGAUUUUUUCGAUUCGCUGUGUGUAUUCUUGUAUUGUGUGUUGUGUUUGUUGGCUGUUUAUGUGCGUGGCGACGUUCCCUUGCCCUCUUUUGUUUGUUGGUGGACGAGUGAGCUUGUAUCAGUAAGGAGACAGAACGGUGGCUACUGGGACAAACCGUUCGUGUCCCCCCCUAGUCAGAGUUAAGGGCUUGAGGGAAGGGCACGAUGAGUGGAUCAGGGUUAAGCUCGGUACCGUUGCGGAUGUGCAUGCGAGGACAUCGUGGAACGCAGAGGGAUACCAAUCCGAGGCAGUGGGGAGCAUCAUGGCAUACGCAGGUUGUUGUACGGGGAGGGGGGGUUCCAUGACGUUGUCGUGAGCGGAAUAGCUCAACGCUGGUAUUGUCUAGUUACUUGUGCUGUAUCGAGGAGUGGGGGGGUAGAGAGACACCAUCGCCGUGUCGUGCGAAUGGGUGGCCGGGUCAUUUCGAGUAGUGUAUUCUUGUUGGUUUGUUUUUCUCCCCUGCGGCCAACGUGUCUUGGGGAGAGGAAAGCGAGACAAGUCCCCCACCCUCCUCUCUCAACAGCGUCUGUCUUCGUUUGUGGUUCGUUUGAGAGAUCGCGCCCGGUCGUAAGGAUUGACGAUGCCCACCGGACUGGUGCUGUGUGGNGGGGGGGGGGGGGGGG